AUGGGCACAAGGUCCCAUACUGGAUCACGAUCCCAGCAAGGCCAAGAGCCGUCGACUUCUUCGGCUUCAACUACUACAUCACUUUCUGUCGCUACCCCGAUCGCUAACUUCUCCACCGCCACCAGCUGGUUUUACAACUUCGACUUCAUAUGGCUUCUGGGUCAUGUACCCUCGCUGGUUGAUCUCUACACCCGCUACAAGAAACCGAUCUUCAUCACCGAGAACGGCGCCAUGGAUGCGCAGCCAACCCCCGGCGUCUACCCCGAGGGUCUGAACGACGUCUUCCGCACCCGCUACAUCAAGGAGCACAUCACCGCUGUUGGCAAGGCCCUCAAGAACGGCGUCGACAUCAUGGGCUACACCGUGUGGUCGCUGAUGGACAACUUUGAGUGGACCGCCGGCCUCGGCACCAAGUUCGGUCUGUACCAUGUCGACUUCACCUCGCCCGCCAAGACCCGUACCCCGAAGGCCUCGGCCAUCUGGUACAAGAACCUCGUAGCGCAGAACAAGAUCGACCUCUGC